CACCUGGACGGGCCCCGCCUCGCACACCUGUGCGGGCCCCGCUCCGCCCCGGCCCCGCCCCGGCCCCGCCCCGCCCGCGGGGUUUAAAGCCGGCAGAGCCGCGGUCGCCCCGCGUUUGUGGAGGAAGCUCAUCCCGGGAUGCUGCGGGAGCGAUCGGCGCUCGGGGCCGGAGUCCCGGCCCGGCGGCUGCUCCCGGCGCUGCGCCGAGCUCGGGGCGCUGAGCGGGGACGGCACCGGCACCGGAGGACCGAGGCUGGCUUGGAGCUGCGAUGGGGUUCGGCAGCGGUACGGGGAUCGGCAUCGCCGGAGUCGCUCCGGGGUGGGCGCUGGGGCCGAGCUCGGCAGGGCCGCUCGGGCCGGGGAUCUGCCGCGGCCCGGUUGGGGGAGAACGGCGGCGCUUUCCUCGUACAGACGCGGAACCCGGGCCGGGACCGGCCGGGGCGCGGGGACACGCCGGGCCGGCCCCGGGACCCCCCGAUCCCGCCGGGCCCGCAGCGCCGCCCGCACCUCCCGCGGGAUCGGAGCUCCUCCCUCUCGGGCACCCCCGAGGACAUCGCACCCCCCCCCGAAGAACAUCGCCCGCCUCCCUCUUCCCCGCGGCCCCAGGAGGUUCCCGCCCGCAGGGCCCCCCGGGAACGAGGGGUCUGGGGCCCGCCGGGGCUCCGGCCACGGACCCGCUCCGGCCGCGGGGAGCCGGGGCCCUGCCGGGGCAGGGAAGAACGGGGGCAGCCGCUCCCUCGUUCCUCCCGUGCUCCGGGACCCCGAGCAGAGCUCUGUCUGUCUGUCCCCUGUCUCUGUGUCUGUCCACAGGCGGCCCCAGGAGCUGGCGCUGACCGUGCCGCGGGUCGGGCACAGGCUGCUCCCAGCUCUGCCUGCGGAAUUUCGGCAAUUGCCCCCAACAGUUCUUUGCCCUGCCAUCCAGAAGGUGCGGCUCCUCUGACACCUGCCAGACGGGGAAGGUCCUGCCUGGGAGGGAAACGGCUACAGGAGAGGAAACCAAGAAACGCUCAACCGGACGCUGCUGCGCGAGUCAAAGGAGGGAAGGACCGCAGGAUUCAUCCAAUGGUUGCAAAGGUGCUCGUACAACGUCUUUUUCCAGGGAUAAAUGAGCCUAAUAAACCCAGAGGAAUCCUUUGCUCCGAGGCAAAGGCGUUGGUCGAGUGUCGCCGCCUGGUCCCGCCUGCGAGGGGGCGUCUCCUCCAGGUGAAUUGUGCACAAGCCAGUCCCCCAUUCCCUAUCCAGGCUGGAAGUGCUCGUGCCCUUGGCACAGUUGGCUCUGGCUGGGCAGGAACUGAGAGCAGGACACGGGGCAGAGUGGAUCAGCUGCUCAGGGAACCUCCAGGAGAUGAAGCUACGGGAUCCUCAUUCCAAUCAAGGGAACACGUUCUGUCUCUGGCAGAAGCCGGGAGCCAAAGCAGAUCCCGCCUGGCCAGGCUGGGGGGCAGCAGUUGGAUCCACUCUGGGGGAAAGCCCCUGUGCCUGCCAGGAGCUCUGACUCUGUUUGUCCUGCCAGCUCCUGACCAGUGUCAGGGCCCCUGGGAGGGAUUCAGAAUCCAAAGAAACCCCAAAUCCUACCGAGGGACUCAAUCAAAGGAAGAAAGCCAUUCUUGUCAUAAAAAGCUUAAAAAGCUGUUAAAAGUUCUAGGACAGCAAUACUGGGAUUCCCAGGAAACUUAGUAGUGUCUCGGUUCCAUUUCAAUGUAUCUUUAGUCCCUCAAUGAGCAGCUUGGAGAACUUCCCCUGGGAUUUGGAGGCUGAGCAGGGUUUGCUUUGGAUUGCCUGGCACCUCUGGCCCCAGCUGGUGCAAACACAACUUGGGCCAAUGGUCUGUGCCCAGUGUGUCCCUGUGGGCAGUGCCAGGCUGGGGACAGGCACACGCAGCUGGCAGCACUCUCUGCCCCAAACAGCCUUGGGGGGCAGCGCAGCCCCCCCAAGGGGGGGGAUCGAGGGGGGCUGGAGGCGGCCCAGGAAAGGCCCCCCCGCUCCCCCCGGGGCAGCUCCACAGCCCCCCUGCCCUCUCUGCCACGGGGGCCCCGCUGCUCCCCCGGCUGGCACAGAGCCCCCUGCCCAUGGCUGGCAAAUCAGGGCCAGGGCUCGGCCUCGCUGCAGCCGCCCCACACGGGAGCAACUCAGGGCUCAGCCCAACAUUUCCCUGCUUGGCCACUGCAGAGACCCUCAGGUCACCUCAACACCUUCCUUCUCUUCCCAGCAGGUUACCUGAACUUUAACACCCACAACUGUCUGUGUCUCUCACCACUCAUCACCUCAGCUUACCUCAAUGUGUUCAUUCCCUGCCCUGCAGAGAAUGAACCUCCUUUUAAAUCCCCAAAAUUUCC